AUGUCCGACCGCAGUUCAGCCAGCAAGUCGUCCAGAUGCGAGGUGUCGCUGCACCUCGGUCCUGCUGUUCACUCACCGUUCCUCACAGGUCUGGCUGGUUGCAGCCUCGGACAGGCGGCUGCGGCCGUAUGCGCCACAAACAGAGAGGCGGCGGCAUGGUGCCUGCAGCUCGCCGAGCUCCGCGCAGCGCCGCCGAGCACGUGCGCUCGAAUUUGGCCUCCAGGCUGGCGUCCAACGGCCGCCCGGCUUGCCUCACUCCCACAUCAUCUCGGCCAUCAGCUCCAGAGUCACACCCACGUUCGUCGCUCUGGCCAAGCGACACCCAUCCUCACUGUCUUCAAACCCUCGCACGCUGCACCAGCGCCACCCUCGCCGGCGCCCCAUUUCUCCGCUCCACCUCGCGCCGCUCACUCAUGCGCCGCCACGCCAUGCUGGCGCGCGCACCGCUACUGGCGCUGGUGCUGCUCGCCUCGCUUGUCGUCGCUCUCUCCUCGCCGCUUGGCAGCGCACAGCACCCGUUCCUCGGCGCUGCAGCGCCGCACGGCGAGCCUACCUUCGACGCCGAGGCCAGCACCGGCCCUGGCUGGGUCUACCUCAUCCGGCACGGCGAGAAGGUCAAGGCCGACCGGCCCGGCCUCUCUGCCGACGGCCGCAGGCGCGCAAAGUGCCUGCGCAAGGUGUUCGGCAAGGGCCCGCUCAAGGCCGACUAUGCCAUGGCGCAGGCGUACAAGUCGCACGGCCGCCGGCGCAGGGCGUACGAGACGCUCGAGCCGCUCGCCAAGCGCACCGGCAUCCCGCUCGACACGUCCUGCCAGCGCGACGACCCCGUGUGUGUGCGCAAGGUGCUGCUGCGCGAGACGGCCGCGGGGCGCAAUGUGGUGCUGAGCUGGGAGCACGCGGCCCUCACGCCCAUUGCGCGCCAGCUGGGCGUGCACGGCCUGGCGUGGGACGGCGCGCGCUUCGACAUCAUCUACCACAUCCGCGGCGGCAAGGUGCACCGCAUCGACAGCGAGGAGUGCAGUGGCCUCGAUGAGGAGUGGUUUGGAUGGCAUGCCAAGAAGAGCCGCAGUGGCCGCGGACGCGGCGGCAGCCACGGGCUGCUGGUGGACGACGAGAGCUGGGCGGAGGGCGCGGGCGAGAGGCUCGCGGACCACACGGCUGAUGCCUCGGAGGAGGUCGAGGAUGAGGAUGAUGACGAAGACGAGGCCAGCACGGCUCUCUUCGAGCUGCUGGCGGACGACGACGACGAUGACGACACACUAGAGGAGUGAAGCUCUCCUUGCUUCCGCGGUAUACCAAGCCACAAGGCCUGCGCUCCCAACCUGACGCACGCUGUAUCAUACAACUACAUCUAUAUCUAAGGCAG